GGACGAUGCUCAAACAAAAAGCAGCCAAUGCGGCAUCCUCAACUACGACUGCAGCAACUGCUACAGCUGGUAAUACCGCGGCAGCAACUGCCGGUACAACAACUGUAGCACAAGCAUCUUCGAGCGCGCAAAUGGCGAUGAUAAAUACGGGCAAUAAUGGACCGACAUCAGGUAAAGGGGGAGGAAAAACUGAAGAUGGCACUGAUCAUGAUGAACCAUUUCUUGCCGCCACACAUUCAUCAAGUGGACCCGACUGA